AUGGAACAAGUUGAUUACAAAAAAUUAAAAAGGGAUCAACUACGAAAACUUGUAAGAAACAGAACUAACACAAGUAGAGAUGAUGUUAGAAAUAUGAGCGUGCCUGAAAUGCGUAAAAUACUCAAACAGCUGGAUAUAGAUGAACUUAGCGAAAAGUCAAAUCUUCAAAUGAUGAAUCUAUUUCCCUUCGAUGAAACUGUCUUUAGUGAUUACAAAGAAGUUGGUGAUACAUUGAGAGAUACUUUUCACAGUGGAAAUUCUAAAACAUUAGAAUCCUUUUUAGAUAAGAAAGGGCCUGAUAUUGUUAAAAAAAUUUAUGAAAAUAGUGUGAAAAUAUAUGUAUCCUUAGAAUGUGAAAUGAAACAAGAGGGAACUGAAAAUAAGGCUAUAGUCCAUCUAAAAACAGCUAGCGAAAUAGUGAAUCCGGCGGAUGAUAGAAAAGUCUUUUAUGAAAAAUUAAAAUUAGAUUUAGUAAAUAGAUUAGAACAUUUUCAAGGUAAAGGUUCUGGUUUUAGAUUAAACAGAAUCAUAGGUUUAAGAAUGUUUCAAACUAAGAUUAUGCCAUUAUCAGGAUCUAAAUAUAUUGAAUUACCAGAUUGGAUAAAAAAUAAAAAAGCAGUAGUCAAUGUUCAAAACAAAGAUGAAAAAUGUUUUAUGUGGUGUAUUUUAGCUCACUUAUAUCCAGUGGAUCAAAAUCCUGAACGAGUAAGUAAAUAUAAGGAUCACAUUUCUAAAAUUAAUUUCGAAGGUUUCGAGUUUCCAUUCCAAGUUAAAGAUGUAGAUAAGUUUGAGAAGAGAAAUAACUUGGCUGUUAAUAUUGUAACUCAUGAUGUCACAGGACCAGCAAUAAUUGAGUCAUAUAAAGUAUCUAAAAACAUCAACGUAGAUUUAAGUAGAGUGAUAAACCUUUUGUUAGUAACUGAUGAAUCUGGAGAAGGUCAUUACUGUUUGAUUAAAAAUAUUGAUAGAUUGAUGAACACCCAAAAUAGUAGAAGCAAUAAAUUUUGUAUUAGAUGUCAUAAUAACUUUUACAAUGCAGAGAAGUUUGAAAAUCAUUUAGGUGACUGUAUGAGUAAUGCUCCAAUGCAAAUGAUUAAACCUUCCAAUGAUUAUAUUGAAUUUUCUAAUAUUCAGAAAACACAAAAACAUAGAUUUGUAUGUUACGCCGAUUUUGAAUCUGUUAUAUACAAGAUUGCUGGUGUUAACAAUUCUCUUGACAAGCCUUGGAGUGAAAACGUUGGAAAACAUACUGCUUCUGCAUUCUGUGUGAUUGUUGUGGAUUCUUUCACUCAGAGUAUUUACGAAAUGAAGAGCUAUGUUGGAUAUAAUACUAUCUUGAAGUUCAAUGAAUAUAUCUUAGAUGUAUGUGCAAGACUAUUGAAUAAAGGUGAUGAGAAAAUGAAAAAAUUAAACAAUGAAGAGUGGGAAGAAUAUGACAGCUGUAAGUCAUGUCCACAUUGUGGAAAAGCAUUCCAAGGAGACAAAGUUAGAGAUCACGAUCAUUGGACUGGAUUAUACAGAGGACCUCUAUGUAAAGCAUGUAACCGAUUGAAACGUAGAAAUAAUUUUAUACCAGUAUUUUUCCAUAAUCUUAAAGGCUAUGACUCACAUCAUAUAAUUAGUGAUGAGGAAUCAAGCAAACUAUUGAAGGAAAAAGGUGUUGAAAUUAAAAGCAUCUCAGCAAAUAUAGAAAAAUUUAUUAGUUUUAGUUAUUACUUUCAUGAUGAUUCUAAAAGAUGUGAAAUAAGAUUCCUGGAUAGUUUAGGAUUCAUGCCUUCCAGUCUGGACUAUCUCAGCAGUAACCUACAAGAUGACGAAUGUGUGAUUACUAAAAAGUAUUAUAAUGAUGAGAAGAUGUUUAAACUGUUGAGACGCAAAGGUGUAUAUCCAUAUGAUUUUAUUGAUUCCUUUAAAAAGUAUUCUAACGAAGAACUUCCUCCAAUUGAAAACUUCUACAAUGCUCUAUCUGGUGAAAAUAUUAGUGAAGAGAAUUAUGAAUAUGCUCUAAAUGUAUGGGGAGAAACUGAUUGUAAAACUUUAGAAGACUACAGUAGAAUUUAUAUGAUUAAUGAUGUGUUACUAUUAGCUGAUGUUUUUGAAACUUUCAGAAAUGUGUCUCUUAAAGAAUAUAAGUUAGAUCCAUGUUGGUACUAUACAUCUCCAGGAUUAGCUUGGGAUGCUAUGUUAUUCAAAACUGGAGUGAAGCUACAGACAAUCAAGGAUGUUGAAAUGUAUAAUUUUAUUGAGAAAGGCAUUAGAGGAGGUAUGUGUAAUACCAUGCUAAGAUAUUCGAAAGCUAAUAACAAGUACAUGUCUAAUUAUAAUUCUGAAGAAGAAUCAAAAUACUUACUUUAUCUAGAUGCAAAUAAUUUAUAUGGAUGGGCAAUGAGUCAGAAAUUACCUUAUGAUGAAUUCGAAUUCGUUGAAGACUUUACCUUAGAAAUGAUAGAUGAUCUUGUUUCAAAAGAAAAAGGUUGCAUAUUAGAAGUAGAUUUAGAUUAUCCAGAAGAAUUACAUGAUAAACAUAAUGAUUUACCUUUCUGUCCAGAGAAUAAACGAGUUGGAUCUACCAAUAAACUAAUAAAUGAUUUUAGUCCAAAGAGAAAUUAUGUAAUACAUUAUAAAGCCCUUUUGCAAGUUUUAGAUCAUGGAUUAAUUUUGAAGAAAAUUCAUAGAGUUAUUACUUUUAAAGAAAGCAAUUGGUUAUCUUCUUACAUAGAACUGAAUACUAACUUGAGAAAAAAUGCCAAGAAUGAUUUUGAGAAAGACUUUUUCAAGCUCAUGAACAAUUCUGUCUUUGGUAAAACUAUGGAGAACGUUAGAAAUAGAGUGGAUGUCAAAGUGGUGUCAAAUAUGGAUAAAGUUAUGAAACUAGCUGCUAGCAAUAAUUUUAAACAGAGACAUAUUAUAAAUGAGAAUAUGAUUUUAGUAGAGAUGACUCAGAAGAAUAUUAAAUUAGAUAAGCCAAUUUAUGUGGGGAUGUCUAUUUUAGAUUUGAGCAAGUAUCUAAUGUAUGAGUUCCACUAUGAUGUUAUGCUUCCGAAGUAUACUUCAAACUUGAGACUGUGUUAUCAAGAUACUGAUUCUUAUAUUUAUGAAAUUAAAACAGACGAUGUCUAUGAAGAUAUGAUGCAUAUGAAAGAACACUUUGAUUUUUCGGAUUAUCCCAAAGAAAAUAAACUUCAUAGCAUUGAGAAUAAAAAAGUUAUUGGGAAAUUCAAAGAUGAGUUAAAUGGAAAGAUAAUGACUGAGAUUGUAGCCUUUAGACCAAAACAAUAUGCUUUUAAAACUGAUGAGGGAAUGGAGUCUAAAAGAAAUAAAGGUGUGAAGAAAUCUGUUGUUAAAAAGUUAUUUAAUUCGAGUAAGCAUCAAAUUCAUACUGUAAAACAGAAUAAGGUUGUGUUAAAUAAUUUAGUUGGUAAAGAUAAAGAAUCAAAAAGGUAUACAGUAGAUAAUAUAGACACUCUAGCUUUCGAGCAUUAUAGAAUUCCUAAAUCAGAGUUAGAAUAG